GCGGAAACCAAAAACUUCUCCUUCCUUCUUCUUCUUCUUCUUCUUUCGCCAUUAACACCUGAAAAGAAAAUCUCAAAAGCAUAUAAGAAGAACACAUCAAAAGAAAGAAAAAAAAAUAGAUAAUGAGUUAAGAGAAAAAAUGGUGGGACUAAGUAUUGUUCUGGAGUCGACUAACAACACUUUCAGUGACCGCUUAAUUAGUCCCAAACCGCAUCAAGUCGUCAACAAAUCCGCCGUCAUGAUCACCGCCAUCGCCUCCGCCGCCUCCGAUCUCCGCCGUGGAAGUUGCUAUCCAGAUUCUGGAUUCCUCGAGCAUUGUUUUCUCUGCAGAAGGAAACUUCUUCCAGCGAAAGAUAUCUACAUGUACAAAGGUGAUAAGGCGUUUUGUAGCGAGGAGUGUAGAUCGAAGCAGAUGAUCAUGGAAGAAGAAGAAAGCUUAAGAAGAGAGAACUGUUCAUUCAUGGCUGUUAAGACGACGACGAUGUCUGACCCUCCGGCGUCUACUUCAGGCGGUCACCGCCGGGACCCGAGAAACAGAGCAGGCGGUUUCGCGUACUGAAACACAGAGAGAGAAAGAGAGAUUGUUGAUUUGACUUUUUCACCCUUCUGCUAUUUUUUGUCGUUUUGUCAUAGAGGAUGUAAAGCCAAAAGGGUGUUUUGGGUGUUUUAGAGGUUUGCAUAUCUAUGGGAAGUCCCUAGUUUUAUUAUUUAGUAGGUUCCGAAAAUAUUAUUAUUUCAUUAAAAGUUACUUUGUAGUGU